CCAGAGUUUGGUACUAUUGAUGGAUUCCAACUAACAACUGACUAAGGGCGAAGCGUCUCGUUUCUAAGGAUGCAACCGAAUUUGAAGUAGGAAUAAGUGUUACAUUUGAUGUCGUAGGCCUAUGAUGUAAUAGUGGUGUACAUGUUUCUUCAGUCAAAGAUUUGAUGAUAAAAUAACAAUGAAGAAGUCCUCUGUCAAAUCAAAGUCGACUGCUUCAACCAGAUCCAAAUCAAUGCCGAAGGACAAACCAGCUACAAAUCCAUUGACGUCCAAGCCAAAAGCACCCUCCGGUGAUGGAGCAAGGAAAGAGGAAGCCUUUGGUCCGUCUGUGGAUGCAGACGAAAGGCUGCAGUCACAGGAAGAGAAGUACCGGCAGCAGUGUGAAGAGGCAGAGAUGCCUAAGAUUAUGUCCAGACCUAUCAGAAUCAGUCUUCAGUUGAUAGCAAGAAGGAAUCUAUCUCCGGAUGUUGCUAGUGGAUCCCAUGAGAAGCUAAUUCACGCUAUCAGCAAGCUGACUCAUCUGCGUUUAGACAGGGAGAAUGUUGGAGAGAUUGAUGAUCUUGAGAUGAUGGGACCUGUCACAAACCUGUACUUACAGCAAAAUCGGAUCGAGAAAAUUAAGAAUCUUGAGUCGCUACAGUCCCUGUGCUUCCUAACUCUUGCUGGCAACCAAAUUGAGAAGGUGGAAAACCUGACUGACCUUCCAGGACUCAAGCUGCUGGACUUGUCGUCCAAUCAGAUUCAAGAGUUCGACACAAAUGAGCUUCCCAAGACUUUGAUGAUACUCACUAUGGAGGGAAAUCCAUGCUGCAAGAUGGCCGACUACAGGAGGAAACUUCUACUUGCCUUGCCGAACCUUCAACAGUUGGAUGGGGAUGCUGUAACAAGACAAGAGCGGUUAGAAGCGGGAUGCGAUGCCCUUGCCUUAAGCUCAGAGGAAGAUGAUGAGAUGGGGGAUGUAGAAGAUGAGGUGGAAGGAAGGACAGGUGAAUUGACUGAAGACAUUUUGCAGUUGUCGGCCAAUUUGAUCAAGGAAUCGCGUCUGCGUUCUCAACGACAAGCCUCGGAGCACUACAGGCACAUGGGGCAGCUAGUGGAAGCACGUAGCCAAUCACAGCUAGCCAUGAACUCGGCCAGGUCAUCGUUGGGUAUGACCCCGAGGUCAGGGGAUGCGACCUCUGCACCAGCAAGCGGGCGGUUGAGUGCUGGGUCAUCGGCAUCUAGAUGAUUCCUCCUUUGAAUUCUUCCAAGAUCAAUGAAAUGUUUUUUUCUGAACAGGACAGGUUUGUUGUUUCCUUGUAUGGCCGUUAACUUUCUUUAUACUUUAAACACUAGAUAACAGGCAUAACUCUAAUAACAAGCAGAAUAGGUGAAUGGUCAACUUUUGUAAUAUGGUUGUUGGCUGGAUUUGUUCAAUUGUAAAUUAUAGAUACAAUGUAAUACUUGUAUAUAAGACUGGAAUACCAAUGCCAUGAACUGUAAAUAAAAUGUUUUGGACACUA